AUGUUAAAAGAGUUGAGGAAAUCGGGGACGCGUCACAAUGGGGGCGGCUUUAUAAAGGGCGCCAGCAGGCAGCUGCCCCAGUACGGCCUGGGCCACCGGCGAGUGCGCUUCAAGGCCAUGGCUUUGACGACGGUCCGCAUCUUGCUUCUGCUGAGCUUCUUCCUGCGCCUGCCGAUGGUCGGCAAAGAGCUGGAGGAGGCCACGCACGAGCACAUGUGGCUCCGGGAGGAGCAUCUCAAUCAGGAGAUGACUCAGCUGAUGGAGGAGCUGGAGCAGAGCACCUCUGCCCCGGGAGCCCUGCUCUUGGCUGCCUUGCAGCACUGGCAGUUCUGGGCGGUCGCUGGAGUCCUAGUGCUGCUCCUUGGGCUCUGCUGGUGGCUGAGGAAAAGGAGCCAGCAGCCAGAGAGCAGCUGGGAAGAGGAGAUCACCUCCUGCGGCAGCCGAGAGGACGAGGAAGAAGCAGGCGAAGGAGAGGACUCUGACGAUGAGGGGCGUCUGGUCAGGAUUUUGGCAAAGCGCGUCCGUGGGGCAAUGAAGAGCGUGGCCUACAAGCGCCGGGUGGCGGAAGAUCUGGUGAGCGACCUCCUUGGCGUCUUCCAAGCGCGCUUGGCCAACAGUUUCUUCCCCGUGCUGGAGCCAGCCAUCGGGGUGGGCAGCGCCUUUGAAGGUUGGAAUCCCCGGGGGCAUGAUGCGGUCUACCGCCUGCUUGUGCCCCUGAAGCCUCCCCGUGGGCACACGUUCCAUCUGGAGCAGGCCUCUGCGGAGAAGAUGCCGGCAAAGAACUGCAUCCGCGUUCAGCUGGAAUGCACCUGCAUGAGGGGCCAAGGUGUGGAGAACAUGCUCUGCUUCGUGCACCAGCCCCAGGAGGCGCUGAGGACAACUCAGGAUUCCAACCUCCUAAACGACCUCUGCACCAGCGCUGCACGUCCAGGCUUCUACCUGGACGUGCAGAAAAUUGCCCGCUGGUUCCAGACCUUGGUGAGCUCAGCCUGGGGGGAGAUGGCUCAGUGGCAUCACUACAGCAUGAAGGUGCUGCCUUCCCGCCGCUCCUGCAAGCUGCAGCUGACGAAUGCCUGCGGGAGAUCCCUCUUUGUGGAGCUGAUGUUCGGGGUGCAGCAAGGCGACUCGGACAUCUUCCUGAGCAGCCAGGUUGCAGAGCACCCCGGCUGCUUCAUCCCGGGCACAACGUGGGCAGAGAGCUAUGCCGUGGCCGAGGCCAAGUUCUUCAGGCACAUGGCCAAGCAGGCCCCGCAGGACAGCUUCCACCUCACAUGCCUGCAGCUCUGCGCCGGCAUCCUGGAGAGCACAAGCUUUUCCACCGGCACCUUGAAGACCGUUGGGAUGCACCUCCUCAACACCCUGCCCCCGGCAAGCUGGACAAGGAGGGAAUUCGUCUCGCGGAUGCAGGAUAUCAUGUGGGACCUGCGCCAGUGCUUGGAGGAGAAACGCCUCGACCACUUCUUCCUUGGCAAUGAGAACAUGCCCGAGGACAUCGCCUUGCCCCCAGCCUUCCAGGCGGCUGAGCCCCUCAACCUCUUCCAGUGCCUGGUGCAGGAUCCAGCUGCCCACGCCAAGGCACUGCGUGAGCUUGAGGAAGUGCAAGCUCAGCUCAGAAGACUGCUCUUCUAUGGAGUCUGAAAGAGGUCUUCAUGGACAGAGCCGUGCCUGUGUCCCCUCGGCUGCCCCGCGUCUUCAAGAGAGUCCACUCCUUCUGGGAGCUUCC